AUGAAGCUGGUCGCAUGCACUGCCUGGAGAGCCGAGAAAAAAAUGCACGAUGCGGCGACGGUGCUGCAGACCAAGGUUCGCGGUUUCCUCGCGAGAAGGUCGUUUUUGCGGGAGUUGUUUCACGGUCCGUUCCCAGAGGAUGUACAGACGCGUUUGUGUCCGUACAGAGCCGCCGUGGAGGCGUUCCACUCGGCAAAGACGCAAGACCGGCGGGAGUCGUGGAUGCGCGCGCAUCGUCGUUGGAUGGCAGAAGAAACUCUGAAGGAGCAGAAGGAAGCUUUUUUCGGAGCGCCGCCUUCUCCCCGGGAAACGGCCAAUCCCGCAGCGGGACCUCAACUGUCUUCUCCGCGUGCGUCUUCUUCGCUCUGCAGACGACCUCACUCCUCGGAGCCUGCGGCGGAGACGCGCGAGGACCUUCUCCCCACAGCCUCUCGGCGCCGACGGCCGACGAGCGAGCAUGCAGGCUUCUCGGCGGAGUCCUCCCGCGCCUGGCACAAGGCGCCGUUCUCCGUCGAAGAUCAACAAGGUCGAGGCUCAACAGAUCGCCGCUCACAGAUCCCCUUUCCGGUCUACCAAUCAGAAGACGAUGGACAGCCUCGCGCAGCCAGAGCGCGGACGCGGCUGGAGAUGCAAGGCCGCAGCCGCAGCGCCCGGCCGGACGCUUGUUCCUCUGGAGAAUUUGUGUUGACGCACUUGAAGUCUUCGACUCUGACCGUCCGUCAGUGCAAGCAGUUGAGGCGCGAAUUCGCCUCUCACGUACAUUCAGAGAACGAAGCGAAUAGCGAGAACGAAGCCGUCGGUUCGCCGCGCCUGCCGCGCAUCGUCCGAGGCGGCUCCCCCUCCCCUCGACGCCGGGGUGUUGAGGCGUCAGAAGCGCUUAGAGGUCGUCAGGUUGGCAGAGAUGGUGGAAUCGAAGACGCUUGCUGCGCGGCGACCGGGGAGCCAGAGAGGGAACAGGAAGUCGAAGGAGUGAACUUCGCCUCGACGCUUUCCAGAGACGUCUUGAAGGAUCGUAGGGUCCAUACGCCUCAUGGAGGAGAGACAUCAGAAAAACCAAUACGGCUCUGUGCUUCCUCUGGACAAAAGUUAUCGCCUUCCCGAAAAAGAAAGUCCGUUCUUGUUGCCUCCCGUUGGACUCAGCAGUCGCGAGAGCUGUGCGAGGCGCGGACCCAUGCCUCUGACGCACAGGCCGCUUUUUUUCCUCUUUCCGAGUCGCGGAAGGACCUGACCUGUAGAAGGGCAGUUGUCUCCCUCUCUCGCCGCCCGUUGGACGAACGCGACCAGCAGCUUCAGACGCUGCUCCUUCAGCUGCGACAGGCGAUCAGAGAAGACGAGAAGAGAGCUGCACGACGAGAGAGAGAAGAAGACGAAGAUGUUCGCAGUCUUCUCCUUCGCGGCGGAAAAUCCGGAGAGAACUGCGAGGAGUCUUCACACCGACUUCUCCUCCCCUGGGCUCCUACGGGACGUCUCGCUUUCCCUGACUCAGGAAGAGAAGACGAGAAUACGAGGGAAGAAGGAGAGAAAAGAGAAGAAGGACAGACGAGGAAAAACAGGGAGCAACGAGAAGAAGGGAACGCGACAAACAUCUGUGGACAAGACAAGACGCGAACGGGAGAUCGACGAUCCGAGGCAGCCGCGGACUUCAAACGAAAGAUGAAAGAGAGAGGCGAGAAGACGAGGGAGGAGCUCGCCGCAUUCUGUGCUUUCAGAGGACUGCGCGAAUGCCAGCAUCCUCAUCACCAUCCGGAGAUUCCUUUCCUCCACCCUCUCGCGGCGUUGUGCGAUGCAGCCGUCAAAGUGCAGCGAUGGCUUCGACGCAUUUAUCGUCUGCGUACUUGCAGAGCCAAGUUGGCGGCGCUGUGGAGAAGGCGACAGUUCGAAAAACUCCUCAAGGCGACGAAGGCCGCCCUCCUGCAGUGGAUGCGGCACUCCAUGCUGACGCCGCAAGACGAAGCUGCGAUGCUGGUGAACAGAGAACAUGCAGAGCGACUGAGGGAACUGUCUGCACGAAGGUCCAGAGCCGCCACCAGUGCCGGUCGAGCCGGCCAGGGAAAGGCGCUGGCCCUCCCCCGAGUGGAGACGCGGCGCCUCCUCGUUCGACUCCCCUUCACAUGUCGUUCGCACUCGUUCGCCACCCGGUCAGAAGUCGAGAAACAGCAGAAGCAGCUUCGCGACACUAUCCAGCAUAUCGCUCUCCUCAGGCGUCAACAGCAGCAGACGGCGAGGAGCCGCAAGCUGUGGAACAGGUGGAAAUCUGAGCACGAUCGAGCAGCUCGGGGGGAUCCUCCCGAAUCCCCCACCAAUGCAGGGGGAGGUGCCAUUUCUCCUCGGGCAGCGCGCGGCGAGGCGGCAGGCCAUCUCGGAGGUGAAGCAGCCUGCGGGAGGGACUGUGUCCUUCCUGCCCACGAACGCGGAGAUCGAGCGACGCGAAAAACACAACGCGAAAAUGCUGAGGUUUUUGGAGCGAGCAAACGCCGGAGAAGACGACACAGAGCGAAGCGACAGCCCUCUCGCCUCCACUCGCGGCAAGCUUCAGUGGAGAGAAGACAGGGAAAACGACCUUUUGGAGCUCGGAGAGAGAGAUGGCGAGACAAGAGAAGGACGACCCGACCACCGCUUCUGUCAGGAAACGAACAGCCGAAGAAGCAUCAGCGCAAGCAGCUCGAGGAAACAAAUCCGACAACACUGGCUGGGACUUGGCGGAGAGGACGUCUCUGCCAAAGUCGACGAAGUCGAAUUCUUCCGCCAGGCGUCACCUCUCGGCCGCAGGCGUCUAGCUGCGCCGACGUACUCCCCAUGGCUACACCUCACGCUGGGUCUCAAGCAUCCGAACUUCCACCGCUACGGCCCUCGACCUCCUGUGGACAUUCCAGGCUUCGCGCCGCCGUCCGUCUGCGCCGCCUUCGCUGGUCGUGGGCGACUGAGACAAGGCGCAGCGUCCGUUCAGGGAGAGAAAGCGCAAGAUCCACCGUCUCCUUUGCCCUACUUUUUUCCGUACUCCUCCGCCGCAAGUGCCUCUGCAGUGCCUUCAACUUCAGCGUAUCCGGCUCCUCUGCUGCUUCGAUCAAGCUCCAAAAGGCAACAGGCUCUUUUCGCUAG